UCUUCUUCUUCUUCUUCUUCAACCUAAGAAAAAAAGAAAACAUGGUUUCUAAAGCACUUGUUCUCUUCCUCUUACUCAACCUCCUCUUGUUCACCUACACAAGUGCAUGUGGCACAUGCACUCCUCCAAAGACUAAGCAUCAUAAACCUAAGCCCAAGCCACAACCACAGCCACAGCCAAAGCCAAAGCCAAAACCUUCUGAAGGUAAUUAUUGCCCAAGGGAUGCCCUAAAGCUGGGGGUAUGUGCAAAUGUGCUCAAGGGACUGCUGGAUCUCACUCUUGGAACCCCACCGGUUGAGUCAUGCUGCACACUCAUAGAUGGACUGGCAGACAUUGAGGCUGCUGCAUGUCUUUGCAUCGCCAUUAGAGCAAAUGUUCUCGGGAUUAAUCUCAACGUCCCUCUCUCUUUAAGCUUGCUUCUUAAUGUUUGCUCCAAGAAGGUCCCAAAAAAUUUCCAGUGUGCUUAAACUUUAUUAUUAGCUUAUGUUGUUUGUUAUAAUAUGUAUCAAUAAAAGAAGCUACAAAGGCAACACAAAGGGACGUUUUUUGUUUUCUUGAAGAAAAAAAUAUGAGGAAAUGCAAUUUCAUAAAUUGAGAACUUCCACUCUCAACUGUGUCUCUUCAACAUCA